ACGUCAGACUGCUGUGAAGGUUCACCUUCCAACAGGACAAUGACCCUAAGCACACAGCCGAGACAAUGCAGGUGUGGCUUCGGGACAAGUCUCUGAAUGUCCUUGAGUGGCCCAGCCAGAGCACGGAGUUGAACCCGAUCUAAUAUCUCUGGGUAGACUUGAAAAUAGCUGUGCAGCGACGCUCCCCAUCCAACCUGACAGAGCUUGAGAGGAUCUGCAGAGAAGAAUGGGAGAAACUCCUCAAAUACAGAAUGUCUGCGGUGAAACAGACUGUCCACGGCAGUCUGCCUUUGUUCCUACAGUGACUGCGAUCUCAGCCUUCUCGGAUCUGCAGUGGAUGGUCCAUCCGAACACCGUCAUCUCAGCAUCUGCCUCCACCUCCUCCCCCUCCAGCAGCGCAAAGCCUACAAGAGCUCAUGGCGCAACCCAGUCAUCUUCAAGAGCGGGAGGGAACAGGGAACAAUCCACCAGCACGAGAGGGAAAAAACAGGCGACAUCAGAAGAGGAUGAGAGGAGGAAGAUCAGGAGAGAGAGGAAUAAAGUCGCAGCGGCCAAGUGUCGCAACAGACGAAGGGAGCUCACCGACACCCUGCAAGCCGAAACUGAUCAGCUUGAAGAGGACAAAGAGGCCUUGCAGACAGAGAUAGCCCACCUCCUGAAAGAGAAAGAGAGUCUGGAACAGAUCCUAUCCGCCCACCAGCCAGCCUGCAAACUAGCCGCCGCUCAAGACAACAACGUGGAGGAAGACAUCGACGAAGACAUCGCCGAUGACAUCGACCGCAUGCUCCAGGACCCUCCGGAUUCCCCCCAGCUGCUCUCCAUCUUGGAGAAUGAAGACAAACUCCAACUCCCAGAGGGAAAUGCAACACUAGUGACUGUGUCCGACACUCCUUCGCUUCAGGACAUGGAAACUGUUGUGGUUCCCUCGAACAUCUCCAUCUCUGCAUCGGCCAUCUUGGGUAACUCCAACAUCCUGCUGUGCUCCAGCGCUGAGGAAGAACCCAUGGACGACUUAAACUUCGACCAGGAUGACUUAGACAACCUGGUCCCUAGCCUGGAACUCAACAUGGCUGUGGCCCCUGAGACCGCCCCGUCUGUUCCCGACAUCGACCUCCUCGGGGGCCCCUUCUGCCUCUCAGACUGGGAGACCCUGUACAAGUCGGUGGCCAACAAUCUGGAGCCCCUCUGCACCCCCACGAUGAUGACUUCCAGUGACAGUCCUACCUGUAGCAGUUACCGCUCUGUGUUUAGUCUGAAUUACACAGAGAUAGACUCUUUGGCGGGGACAGGAGUUGCAACUCCAGCUCUGAGACCCUCAAAUGAGGUGUUGGUGGUAGAUCUGAUUUGAUGAACGCUAAUCUUAACUCUCCCACACCGUUGACCUUGUGACACUGUUAUGGGACUGGUGGGACAUAUACAUAUAGGGCUAGUUUCCCCCACACACAGAUUGAGCCUUAAGUCUUCGAUUAAAAAAAAUCAGUGUUCAUUGAUGAUUCCCCUUUGAAAGCGCUUCUUUAGUCCAGGACUAGGCUUAAUCUGCGUCUGAGAAACACGGCCCUCGAGGUUGAUAUUGAAUCAAUAAACUAUGGUCUAUUCAUCUACCCCCCCCUCCCCCCCUGAUGUUUUGUUGUGCUUGUUAUGAUGUUUUGUUAACAUUUAACCUUUAGCACCAAAUUAAAUGGUUACUGUGAUUAUAACAGAAUCAAUGUCUUCCAUAUAUAUAUAUAUGUAUUUAUGUAUUCUGUGUAUAUAUAUAUAUAUAUAUAUAU